AUGGCCAAACGCAAGAGGUCUGCUGUAGCCUCUCAAGAGGGCUCGGUCCCUCCUCCCGUGACGUUGCCUGCGAAUGUGACCUCUGUAGCCCGGGGCAUAGUUCCUCCUACACCUGUUCGUCGCACGAGCUCGCGAAGAGCCUCCACCCAGGUCGCCCCAGCCGACAUCGACACAAAUCCUCUGACGAAUGGGUUGAUCAGGGAUGGUAAAGACGCUCUGCGAGCAUCUCCAGAUGCUGAGGAGCCAAGCAAAGCAAGGAGAAGGAAGAAAACAACUGCCCCAACCCAGUUGAAUACGGAGAUGGACGAAACAGAUGUUCGGAGACAACUGCCCUCGUCGAAACCUUCCACGUCUCUGAGAAACCCCCCCAAGCAAAACGAUGGUUUAGAUAGAGGAGACACCGAAGGCGCGGAGGACGACGACGACGACGUCGCAGACCCCGAGGAACUCAAGGAAGCCAUCAUGCGACCGCCACCUGUCAACAGUGCUUACUUGCCUUUACCAUGGAAGGGCCGGUUAGGUUAUGCUUGUCUAAACACCUACCUCCGAGCCUCUAAUCCACCAGUUUUCUCGUCAAGAACGUGCCGCAUUGCUUCCAUCCUUGAACACCGUCACCCAUUAAAGGACCCUUCUCAACCGGAGCACGCCACCAAAAACCGACCAGACAAAGAUCAGCCAGCAGACAUAGCUCGCGGCCAAGCAUAUGUCGAAGCACUCGGGCUGGCUAACGCCAAAGACAUCUCUAAAAUGCUUCGGUGGAACGACAGAUACGGCAUCAAGUUCAUGCGACUGUCAUCCGAAAUGUUUCCUUUUGCCAGCCACGAUGUAUAUGGGUACAAGCUCGCGCCAUUCGCCUCGGAAGCAUUGGCAGAAGCUGGUCGUGUGGCAACCGAACUAGGCCACCGCCUAACGACACACCCCGGACAAUUCACGCAACUUGGCUCACCUCGAAAGGAGGUUAUCACCGCGUCUUUCCGCGAUCUCGAAUAUCAUUGCGAACUGCUUGAUCUGCUAAAGUUGCCAGAACAACAAGACCGCGACGCCGUCAUGAUCCUUCAUAUGGGUGGCAUCUUUGGUGACAAAGCUGCAACUAUCGAGAGAUUCAAGGACAACUACAAAAAGCUUCCUCAGAAGGUCAAGGAUCGUCUGGUCCUCGAAAACGACGAUGUCUGCUACAGCGUACACGACCUUCUUCCGGUCUGCGAGGAGCUUAAUAUCCCACUUGUCCUCGACUAUCACCACCAUAACAUCGUUUUCGAUGCAGACAAGAUCCGCGAAGGAACGCUAGAUAUCAUGGCCAUGUAUCCUCGGAUCAAAGCUACGUGGACCCGAAAAGGUAUCACGCAGAAGAUGCACUAUUCAGAACCGACGCCAUCGGCGAUUACAGCAAGACAGCGGCGCAAACACAAUCCCCGUGUUGCGACACUGCCGCCAUGUGAACCUGACAUGGACCUGAUGAUUGAAGCCAAGGACAAAGAACAAGCUGUGUUUGAGCUCAUGCGUACAUUCAAGGUACCGGGCUUUGACACGUUUAACGACAUCAUCCCACACGUGCGCAACGACGAGAACAGACCUUGGAAACCAGCGAAGAAAGCCAAGAAGACUCUCAAGAAAAGAAAGUCCAAGUCUGCAGAAGGUGAAAUCGACGAUGAACCUGAAGAUGCGGAUGCAGAGUCCGAGCCACAGGCGCCGCCCGUCAUUCCAGACGAGGAAGUCGGCAUGGGUGGGCCCGAACGCCGUGUCUACUGGCCGCCAGGCAUGGAAGAGUGGCUGCGUCCAAAGAAGCGAGAAGUCAAACCUCGUGACCCCGAGAGGGCCAAGACGACGGCAGAGCGCGCUGCAGCGCGUAGGGCAGAGAAGGCGGCAUGGCAGGCUGCACAAGAGGCUGGAAAUGCCGCCACAGCCGUGGCUGCUGCGGCAAGAGUAGGAGGUGGUGGUUCUGUUCCCGCGUCCGAGGUUGCAGAAGCGGAUACCACGAGUGUUGACCUAGAAAAGACAAGGUCCGUCUAUACCGUCGUGAAGGGGAAGAAACCUGCGCGGGCCCCUCGUGCUGCUCCUUCUGCUGCCCCCACCGGGAAAAGGCUCAAGAAGAGCGCAAAGUCCGUUCCUACACCUACCCCGAGCGAGAGCGAUUUGUCCGAGUUGAGCGACGAUGACGGCGACGAUGGCCGUGGAGACGAUAUCGACAUGCCUGAUUUGACCGAUGCUGAGGAAGACGUUGCUGCUGCGCCGGUGCGGAAAGGGAAGCAGAGAGUAGCCCCAACGCGGACGACGAGUGGGAGGAGCGCAAAAAGGAAACCUGUGAAUUAUGCCGAGGGCAAUGAUGAGGAGGAAGAGUGA